GGGUUUUUAUGAGAAAAAACUCAUAUUAGAUUUGAGAAAACUGACAAUCUGCAUAAUUUUUAACGCAAUUAACUGUCAACAUGAAAAAUUUCCGAUCCAACAGGGAAAUUUCAUAUUAUCUCGGGUCCACUCCUAGUUUUCCUUCAGAAUUUUCAUUGACUGAACGGCAUAACAUCGUGGGAAGCUGUGGCAACAUCUCUCGAAUUUGAUUACAGACUGAGAGCAGCAGCAGCAGCAAGUGCAGCAACGUAAGAAUUCUACCCAAUGGUAAUGCGCUUCAACAAUGGAGCUUCCACUGAUCAAUGGACAUACUAAACCCAAUCUGAAUCUGGUCAAAUGCUGUUUAAGCUCACCUCAUCAUGGUCUCUCGCCAUCAGGGACGCCGCCACUUCCAAGGGUCCCCACGAGGCCCUCUCCCUCUACACCCGAAUGCACCGUCUCUCCGUCCCCUUCGACAGCUUCUCCGUCCUCUUCACCCUCAAAUCCUGCACCGCCCUCCGCAACCCCACCCUCAUCAGCCACCUCCACUCCCACAUCCUCAAGCUCGGUUUCUCCGCCCACGUCUACGUCGCCACCGGCCUCCUCAAUGCCUACGCGGCUCUUUCCCUCCGGGACGCCUGCAAGCUGUUCGACGAAAUGCCCUGCAAGAACACGGUCACCUGGAACACCAUGAUCACGUGUUACGCGAGGUCGGGAGACGUGAUGGCUGCGCGUCGGGUGUUCGACGAAAUGCCCACACGGGACGUCGCGUCGUGGUCCGCCAUGAUAACUGCAUUUGUUAACAGCUGUAAGUGGGCCGAUGGACUGGGCCUCUUCCGUCGGAUGAUGGCAGGCCUGGCGGGUGUGAAGCCUGACCAGUUGACGGUUGGAUCGGUCUUGUCCGGCUGCUCCCAGAUGGGAUCGCUGGGGUUGCUGGUUGGUAUGUCGAUUCAUUCUUUGGUGGUGAAGAAUGGUUGGGAAGUUAAUGUCAAGAUUGGGACUCCGCUCAUAGACAUGUACUCCAAGUGUGGGCUCUUGAAAUACGCACUCCGGUUAUUUAACCUGAUGGAGGAGAGGAACGUAAUGACGUGGACAGCGAUGAUAUGUGGGUCAGCACAGAACGGCCAUGGUAUGGAAGCCAUAGCUCUAUUCGAGAUGAUGCGGAAUACGGGUAUGCAGCCCAAUGAGAUGACCUUCACCGGGGUUCUCAGCGCUUGUGCAAAUGCUGGGCUUGUAGAGGAAGGGCGAAGGUACUUUACGAUGCUCCGAGAGUGUGGAGUAGAACCCAGGAUUCAACACUACGGAUGCAUGGUGGAUUUGUUCGGUAAGGCGGGCUUCUUAGUGGAGGCUUACGAGGUAAUACAGAAAAUGGAAUUUGAGCCGAAUAUUGUUCUGUGGGGCUCUUAUUUAGCAGCCUGUAAGACUCAUAAGCGGUUUGAGAUGGCGGAAAGGGUGAUCGAUCGGGUGAUGCGCGUUGUGAGGCCGGACCAUGAUGGAGGGGUCUAUACGCUCAUUUCUGAUCUCUACAUUCUGAGCGAUAAGUGGGAUGAAGCAGAGAGGAUUAGACAACUGAUGCUGGACCAAACCACAAGGAAAGUUCGAGGUUCCAGUUCUAUCGAAGCCAGAAGACAGCAAAUGAACAGCAUGUAAUGAGCAUUUGGUGUGAUGAAUGGCUUGGAAUGGAGUGAAACGAUGCGGAAAAUCUGAUUUUAUGGAGUUGCAUUCAUUUGCUAUUCCGGCAUACUGAGCUGGCAUUGGAAUCACACAGAAAACAUGAUGUGGCUGUAAACCAGAACCUUCCUAGCAGAAGCACUUGAACAAUCUGUUCAGCUUAUCCUUCAGACUUAAAAGCUUCUUAAGCUUGGAUGAAAUUUUCACUGAUAGAACCAGAAAGGAGCCCUUCAAUAGAAGGAAGCAAGAGGACACACCGACAUAAUGAACAUAGCUAUGAGUCCAAAAGAAAGGGCAGCAUUUUCAGAAUACACUGACGUUCCGACUAAUAGAUGCAUACAAUAGGUAAUAUUUUCAUUGUUACAUUAGAGCACUGUAUCAACAACCAACCACCAUUUUUACCGAAUAACAUCCAAAAUUCAGCUGAGCAGAUCUCAGAAUGAUUAUUUUGUCAA